CAAAUGUUUGAAAUAUGAUUUCUAAAUAUUUAACAUGAUAACUCACUUUUGCAUACACUGCAAAAGUCCACCUAAAAUCUAUAAAGCAGUAGAAGUGGAGAAAUAUUGUGGCUGUAAUUAGUAGAGCACACCACAGAAGAGAGUGUGUGUGACCAGUGUUAACACACUACACUAUUGCCGUGAUAAAACACUAAACCAAUCCUCAGUAAAUAAGAUAAACCCUCAUUAGGUCAUCUCACUCAACUCUUGGCUGUAACAAAGCAGCUUGUGUGCCAUCUUUGUGUGGUGUGUGCAUUUUUUCUCUGAACUGCCCUCCUACGAUCCCAUUUAUGAUGUACACAGAUACAACCAGCUCCCUGUACAACACUGCAGCUCUCACUGCACAAGGCUGGACCAACACAUUUACAACCUUCAACUACAGAAGGAAAUUCUGAGGACACCCGGCAUCAGAGGAAUCUGCUAAAUGAAUAUAUAAAACUGAAUAUUUAAGAAGAAGGUUUCUUGAAAGAUGGCAUCCACAGGUCUGCAGCUGGUGGGGAUAGUUCUGUCCGUCUUGGGUUGGGUGUUUGGGGCAUUGGUGUGCGCUGCCCCUCUUUGGCGCGUGUCUGCAUUCGUUGGAGGAGAGUUGGUGAUCGCCCAGGUGUUAUGGGAGGGCCUCUGGAUGAACUGCCUGUCCCAGACAACGGGCCAAAUCCAGUGUAAGACAUACGAUUCGACACUAGCUCUGCCCUUCUCGGCUCAGGCUGCUCGGGGCCUCACUGUCCUGUCUCUGCUCUUAUGCCUCUUGGCGCUGAUGCUUGCAGUGGCUGGUGCAAAGUGCACACACUGCAUGGGCGCAACCAAUUCCUCCUCUAAAACCCGGGUGGCCCGUGUGGCAGGGCUGCUCUUUCUCUUGGCCGGCCUGAUCUACAUGGUACCCAUCUGCUGGACUGCAUAUGGCAUUAUCAGGGACUUCUAUGACCCCAAUAUAGCGGCACCUUUGAAAAGGGAGUUGGGGCCAGCGCUGUACCUGGGUUGGGGUGCCAGUGUACUCCUCAUAGUGGGGGGGUUUCUGCUGCAGCACGGCUCGAGCCCCCCCAUGUCUAGAGUGAAGCCGUUUAUCACAGCGCCAGUGAAGGACAACCCAAAGGCAGCAGAAGUCAAACAGCCAGAGAAGUCCUUUGUAUGAAUAUUUUCUCCUAAAAGAACUGCACAUCUGUAAUCAAAUGACUAUUAUUUAUGUGUGAAACAGUAUUGUACGUGGAUCUUGUGCGGUAUGAGGUUUACUCGCCCAUCACUGACAGGACAGCCCAGCAGGAAACGGACAUUUAGCAAACGGACAAAUUUUGGAAAUGAAUGGCCUCACACGCGCUGAGCCACACUGCAUUUAGGCACACAGUAUGUUAAAUAUAGGCAAUUCAAAGGAAUAACUACACUUUGAAAAAUGAUUCAUUUUAGUCAAUGAAAUCAUUGUUUGAAAGGCCUUUUUUCUGAGGUGAAUAGCAUGUUUUAUAAUCAGUCCAAUCUUAGUUAUUAUUUCAUUUCAAAUACCAUGUGGAGAGUGUAAUGUGGAAAGUGGGAGUUGAAAUUUGCGUGGGCACAUGUAAAAUGUUUACUAACGCGUGUUACAAACAUUGUGUGGAUUCUUGUCCCAGGCAUGUGAGUAUGAGUGGGCACAAGUGCUGCGGUCACAUGACACGCAGUGGGCACUCAAUCUGAUGCUUGUUUACUACCAGCUAACCUCUUCUUUCUUUGUUUUGAUUUCAUCUAUUACAUAGUAGAUACUUUAUUUGGACACAUACAUCCCCUGCAGUGUUGGACUUGAGAUAAGUUCCAAGUUUAGGCACCUACGGAGUAGUAUUUUAACAUAAAAAUGUAUUUGAAUGGACAUCAUUUUGGAGCUUUGAAGAUAUAUUCUUAUGUCAUACUAAGGACUUGGGAAUCUGCUGCCCUCUGCUGCAUUGGACUGCUCAAAACAAGUCUUAUGAAACUGAAUGAACACUCAUGAGUGAAUGAAACGAAACACUGCUCUGAAGUGCAUAUGCUCCUGAAGUGAGAUUAUGCACUUCUUAUGGGUUUUCACUGAUAUGCCAAAACAUGUCUUUUGUCCAUGACUACAG